AUGCCGCAAAAACCGAUGCGCCUGCCACCUGUCAAGGUCCUCCGUGUUCGUAACCCCAACGGCAAGGUAGAGCAGCCUUGCAUGCAGGUCAUGACCUCAGUUCUUGCAUGCUGGGCCUCAGCAGGGUACAACACCUCUGGCUGCGCCGCCCUCGAGAACGCCCUGCGCGGCUGCAUGGAUCAGCCCAAGAAGCCCAAGGAGCCUUCGUCCACCGUCAACUACCACCUCGGCCGUAUGUACGACAAGAUGAUUCCCCACUCCAAGGGCAAAUAA